UUUAAGGCGAGAAGGGAGGAAACAUUUUUUGGCGUUCAAAACAAAAAAACAAACAAACUGUGCGACAGUUACACCCGAAUCCAUGCACGGUACGGAUGGUACAAGUUUUGACGCCCAUCGCCGACUUUUCCCCUGAUUCCAGGCACGGAGUUUGGAGACAUUGUACGCUGUGAGACUCCAGGGGUUCAUGUACUGGAAAAAUGAAGUUUUGUCCCCUCUUUCAGAGGGAAAUAAGAUUCUGUCCGAGGGGAUUCCCACGAAGCAGGUGAUCUCUCCCGAGCACCAGAGUACACCGGGAGCCUCGCGCUGCAGUGUGGACUCUAAACACGCGCCAAUGUCUCAGUCGGACAGAGAGUCCCAGCGGUCCAACAUGGAGCGGGAGGACACUCGCUCGUCCCCGAGCACGCCGUCCACCCCCUCCGUGUGCUCGCCGACCUCCACCGCCAGCUCGGUGCCGUCCACCGGGAAGAACAUGUGCGCCAGCUGCGGUCUGGAGAUAAUUGACAGAUACUUGCUGAAGGUGAACAACCUGAUCUGGCACGUGCGCUGUCUGGAGUGCUCUGUCUGCAGGACGUCGCUACGUCAGCACAGCAGCUGCUACAUCAAAAACAAAGAGAUCUUCUGUAAAAUGGAUUAUUUCAGGUUUGGUACUAAGUGUGCCCGCUGUGGGCGGCAGAUAUACGCCAGUGACUGGGUGCGCCGUGCAAGAGGAAACGCAUACCACUUGGCAUGUUUUGCGUGCUACUCUUGUAAGAGGCAGCUGUCUACAGGAGAAGAGUUUGGCUUGGUGGAAGAGAAGGUUCUGUGUAGGAUCCACUACGACACCAUGGUGGAGAACCUCAAACGAGCGGCUGAGAGUGGCAAUGGUAUCACAUUAGAGGGAGCUGUUCCAACAGAACAAGACAGUCAGCCCAAACCGGCCAAAAGGGCACGGACAUCCUUCACUGCAGAACAGCUACAGAUCAUGCAGGCUCAGUUUGCCCAGGACAACAAUCCAGAUGCCCAGACGCUACAGAAACUAGCCGACAUGACCGGCCUCAGCAGGAGAGUUAUACAGGUGUGGUUUCAAAACUGCAGAGCAAGACACAAAAAGCACACGCCCCAGCACAGUGGGGCUCCCCAAGGUCAUCCCCAGGCCAGGAUACCCUCGUCCCUGCCCGAUGAGCUGCAUUACUCCCCCUUUGGCAGUCCUGAGCGGGCGCGCAUGGUGGCCCUUCAUGGGUACAUCGACAGUCAUCCCUUCUCCGUCCUGACCUCUCAGAGUCUCCCUCAUCAGGCCAUGUCGCUGCCCCAGCUCCCCCUCAGCCGCUAGCGCUCCACCACGACCCCUCGUGACCCCUAAACCUCCGGACCCUAACCCUUGAUCUUCCAUCACUGACGCUGCCGACCUGACACGGAGGUCAAGCAGGAGUCAGCUUGGAGAAAAGACACAUCUUACAGGAGCCCUGCCUGCUUGGAAAAAGAAAUGGGAGGAAAGAGGAAAAACUAUGAUGCAGCCGUCAUUAUGUUUUUUUUUCACUCUGAGGACAGGAAUAUCCCACCUGGAGCCAGUCUGUCAAAAUGAUUGUGAAGCAUUUAUCAUUAGCAGGAACUCACUGACUGUAUUUUACAACCACCUAAAGGACCCAUUUUGCUCCCAGUGUACAGCAUCCUCAACUUUUGUCAUCUGCCCUCUGACCUGAAGUUUGAGGGAGUUUUGAAGGGAUGAAACUGACCCAGGAAGCAGGACUGACACCUCUUGAGUGCUGUCAGAGUACUGAAGUCAAACAAAGGGGGAAAAAUUUAAAGGGAAAAUGUCAUUGUGGCCCAAGGGCCGGGCACACACAGUAGACCACAUUAGAGGUAAGACACCUCCCUCUUUUCUCUCUAAGCAGCCAUGAAGGAAAAACUAAACGAAAUACGCUCACUGUUGAAAUAUUUUCUUUAGCAAUGACAUAGUGACUUUAUGACUUCUCAAAACCCAGUUACAUUUUUUGUCAAUUUUCCACUGAAAUGAGGUGCAGAAUCAGAUUUUUGCUAAAAAGUUAAAGUGUGCCUUAUCUUAAACAUAUCUAUCUAUAGAAAUGAUUCAGCUAAUUCAUUUCCAGCCUUUAAUUCAUCACGAAACAAAGAUCUGUGUGUGUUUUAAAUUUUAUUAUGUAGACUAGCAAUGAAAAAAAAUCACUAAAUGUGUCCACAGACUCUAAUGUAGCAUCUUAACUGCUAAUCAUGAAGGAAAACCACAAAGCACAAUGUCUGGGGUUGUGUAUUAUUAAAUUAUGGCUUGAACAUUAGAAGCAGGAGCCAACAGUUUUUAAGUUGCCAUAAUCCUCUUACAUUUCUUAAAAUUAAAUUAAAUUGAGAGAGAAACAGAGGGAAGUCUGAGAUGAGCAAACUAGUUAAACACAUUCCUACAAAAAUGCUACAGAUUUUCAUAUCUCCAAACAGUUUUAUAGUCACUAAUUUAUAAUUUCUGUGGUUGCUUGUUCAGCCUCUGUGUGUGUGUGUCUUUCACACAAGGAGAGAAAUGGAGUAUUGGUACAAAAUUGACAAUAUGAAACAGACUGGGGUUGUACAUAGUAAGAUGUGUGUGGUGUCUCUGUGUGCAUGUGAGUAUGUGUGUGUGUGUGUGUGUGUGUGUGUGUGUGUGUGUGUAUUGGCAGGGGUAGAGAGUGUGCAUCUGUAUUUUAGUGCCAUGGCCAUUGUGUGAAGAACAGGAUCCAACAAGACCUCAAUGUCCUUGUAUUUAUUGAGAUGGUAAAUCCCUGUAAAGCACUUU